AUGGAUCCACAACAGAAUAAUCAUAACAACGAAGACAUUGACACAGAAAAUACAGAACGUAUGAGGCAUAGACGACUUAUGGACAGCAAUACUAACACUAGUAAUACAAAUACCGCUACAAACAACACAACUGAUUCAAAUAGCAUAUAUACACUUGGUGGUGCAAUUUAUAGUACGAUAAGUGGCCAUACGCAAACAGCAAGGCAACACACAUGCAAAUAUAUUCACAAAUGUAUACAAAACAUACGCGAAUGGAUGCGCAAUAUCCAGAAUUUAUCAAUAACCACAGGUGGAUCUCAGAAUAUACCUCCGCACAUUCCAUGCAACAUUCUUUAUGCGAUUGCACAUAGGGCAUUACCUGAUAUUGCACUUGCAAUAGCAGUCCAUCAGAUAUGUGUGAUUUUAGGUAUGGCAUCUGUGGCAAACGCAGCAGCAGUUAUUGUGAAUGUGAUGUCAUUUGUGCUACCUGUAAUCAAUACAGUGUAUUUGGGGUAUAUAUCUGUCAAUAGCAUGGCACGAGUGAGCGGUAGUGGAGAUUUAAGGAGUAAUGAAACAGCAAGCAACAAUUCUCUAAAUGCAAGUGCACAAAAAAUGAUAAUGAUCAGGAACAUACCGAUGCUAAUUACCACUCUAAUGUGGAUAUUUACGAUGUACAAAUCAAUUGGUAACAACACACAAAGAAAUAUAGGAAAUAGUACAGGUAAUCGUGAUACAGAAAGCACUCAUACAAACAACAACACAUACUAUGUUAAGGUUGAUGAGCCUGUAUGGAUAGGUGUGAUGGCAAUGAUGUGCAUAUGUUCACAAUGCAUAGUAGUAAUUGGUGGAGAUGUGUCUAAAAUAACAGCCGUGGGUGUUUUUCUAUGCACAGUGCUAUCUAUUGCAGGAAUGGGCAUGAUUAAAGGCAGAACAAAUAGUAAUUCACCGAUUAGCAGAUUUGUGACAAAUGCAGGAACAAUAGGCAAGUGCAUUAUAAUGAUAAGUGGAAUAGUAAUGAUCAUGAUAGUCAAAUACAGCAUGAGAAUAAGCGUGUGA